AUGAAUUUGAAUAUUCUUACUAACAACAGCGAUUAUCUUUAAGUUGUAGAGUUGACUUUAACUUCAUAAGUCUAGUUGGAUGAAGCAGCAAAUUUCGAAGAUAUAAUAGCAUUCACUAUUACAACUUAAACUCAAUACAAAUUAGCAGUCAUUUGCAUCUCAAAUAUAACAAUUUAAUAAAGCAAUCCUAAAAUAUUAAAUUUAAAUUGAAUUCAUUGAACCAGUAUAAAACCUUAUUUUAGAAGUUUUUAUACAAAAAAAUUACAAUAUAUAACUCAUUUAAAUUGGGGUUAAAAGAAAAUGAAAAAAAAAAUUUAUCUAAAUGCACUCUUUGUGCUUUUAGAAACCACUAAGUAGUAGUUAAGUAAUGUAGUUUAACUUAAUAGUGCAAUGAUGUAUUCAAUGGUUGGUGUGGCAAGUUUAGCUUUAGUAACUGGAAAUGCAAUUGUAUUUUUUAUUUUACUCGAUUUAUUAUAAUCAGAGAUUUUUUUUUGUAAUACUUAUACUAUGAACUCUUUGCAACCAAUAUUAAAUUAUUUGAAAGUAGAUUAGUUAUUGAAAGAAUUAAAUGGAAAAGUAAAUUAGAUUAGGUUAAUAGUAACUUAUAGCCAGACUACGAGAUCAUUUUUAAAGAGCCAUUCAAUGCAAAAAGCUGCUAUUUUACUGUCCUUGCCUCUAUUUUAACCUAUUUACUUUAUUGCUUUAGUUCAAAUACUUUAGGAAAUUUUAUAUUAAAAUGGCUUAAAAAUAUCCAGUAAUUACUAAAGUCAUGAAAUUUAUCCUUCGAUUUAAAAAAUAUGUGUAGAAAAAGUUUAAAAAUUAAAAAUUGAUAUUUUCAUUAGGAAUUUUUCAAGAUUAUUAGGCUAUUCUACUUUAGUUAACUUUUAGUGUAUUGUUAUAAUAUCCCAAUUACAGAUUGAUUCUCUAUUUGAAAUUCUCAACACUAUCUAUACUAUAUAGGUUUAGGGUUCAUUUUAAUAUCAAACUUUCCAUUAUUUUCAAUUACCACAAUAAAUAUAAAAAUUAUAAAAUAUUGAGGUACUUCUAUUCAGAAUCUAAAACUGAAUUUUUGAAAGGUUAAUUUAAGUCUUUACAAAUUUUUAUUCUUUAUUUUCAAUAUUACAGAAUUAAUCAAUUAUCCAGUAUCAUAAUCAAUCCUACUUCUAUGCAAUCAUUUUUCUUUUUGAUGUAUUUAAUUAGAUUCAAACCCUUAAAAUCUCUUUUUGAACCCACUAAAUUAGUUGUAAUGAGAUUGUAUUUAUGAUUAUUAUUUAUAGCUUUGAAUUCAGUUAAGAACUUUUAUUCUAAUUGGUUGGAUUCAUGUUACUCUGUUUUGUGCUAUUAUAAAAUUUAAUUUAUUUAUAGAAAUACUCUAAUAAAUCAAAGCAAAAGUAUGAGACUUACUUAUUAAAAAAACAAAAAGAAGAAAGUGAGUUGGGAUCUAAAUAGAAAUUGUGUAAUUUGCAAGGAUUUUCAUUAAAAGAGUAUGAUUAAUAAAUAUAAAAUGAGAUGUAAUUGUAAUUCAGUAAGCCUCAAUUAAAAUUCUUUAGAAUGUAAUUACUUUGUUAGUUUUAAUUACUACCCUAAUUAUUUUUUUGA